AUGCCGACAGACGCCGAAUACGGACGCCUCGUAACGCUGAAUGAGACUGGGCCGAGCCUCAACGCCGACGUCAUCCCGAUGCCAAGCUAUAGCAUUCGUACGGCAGCGCAUUCAGAACAGCCUAUCAACAUAGUGUCCGAGUUUGAGACUUUUUCUGCCUCCAUUAAUCCCACCGGGGCUGAGGGGACGCAAGCUUGGAACUCGGCUUUCGUCUCCUUCAACCAGCCUUUCCCCUGGUCGUUCACCGAAGAUCUCUUUAACCACGAGCUUCCUGGAUCUGUGCCACCGUCCGUUUUGAAUAACAACGGUAUAUCUGCUCAAGCGGGAGCAUCGGCCGCCUCCAGAUACAUUGAUCCCGUCGACGGGCUUGGUCCUACCCCGGGCGGAAGGCCCUGUGCUUCUUGCGAGGACAUCCCCUCCUUCCCAUCACUGGAACUAUACGACGAGGACAUUCUACUCGCAGAGGACUUUCGCCAUGUCAGCAAAAUUAAUGGCCACGAAAGGCUGGCUCAGUUCUUUCAGGAACAGAGCCCGUCAGGAGAGCAAGUGUUCCCGGAAGCAAGAGUGAUCCACACCUUCGUCCAGCUCUACUAUGAGCAUUUUGAUUUUCAAUUUCCAUUUCUCCAUCCAGCGAUGCUUGAAACUGGCGACGAGUCGUGGGUCUCUGUGCUUGCUGUUGCAUCAAUUGGCUCACAGUACUCCUCCAUCUCAAACUCCGAGCAGUACUCCAAAGGGCUCCAAGAACUUCUUGGUAGAGCCGUGGCCGCCUACAGCCACACCGAACUCCGAGUCUACACAUAG